UACCCAUCGUACCGUUAUGUUUGACAUUAUUUUUUUUGUAAUUUCCCGUUGAUUAAUUUUGUUGCUGGAGCUCAAGGUGCUCAAUGAUUUUCCUCAUUAUUCAUCCUUAUUUUGAAGUGUUAUCUUUCUGAAAUCAGUAUUUAUUUUGUUAUCAAUUUGAAAAGUAAUCUAUCAAGGACAGUCAUACCGACUGUUUAGCAGUUUUUGGAUAAAACAAGUUACAUAUCAGAUUUGGACUUUGAUCUGUAUUUCACUGACCUGCCAGCGCACAUCGGUCGAGUCAUUCCAUUCCAUUUGCAUUGCGAGCACAAAGAAGGUCUAGCAUGUUACGAGUUUCACGCUUUCCGUCGCUUGCCUUUCAACGUGGCAAAGCUUCAGCUGCAGGGGAUGACUACCAGUAUCUGCAAAGGACUCGAAUCCCAAUGCUGCACUUCCAGCCUUCGCUGCCAAGAUUGCCGAUACCAGCAUUGGAGAAGACAUGCGAACGUUAUCUAGCAGCUCAAAAACCACUGCUUAUCGAUGAGGCUUUUCGGAAAACGAAAGAUAAUGUUGACCGUUUCAUUUCCUCAACCGGACCUAAACUGCAGGAUCUGCUUAAGAAAAAAGAUUCCCAAAAUAAGCAUACCAGCUACAUCUCCGAACCAUGGUUUGAUAUGUAUCUAAGGGAUCGUGUGCCACUGCCGAUCAAUUACAACCCCUUGCUGAUGAUGAACCAUGACGUACGUCCAGAAUAUAACGAUCAGCUGAUUCGAACGACCAACCUGGUAGUCAGCUCGCUCCGUUUUAUGAAGUCCCUUCGGGCUCACCUGCUCGAACCGGAAAUAUUUCACCUGAACCCGGCCAAGAGCGACACGAAUACCUUUAGACAGGUUACCGCAUUGACACCGUCUUUUGUGUCCACCUAUGUGGCCUACGCUUUUAAGGCCUUCCCAUUGGAUAUGAGCCAGUACCAGGGACUGUUUGGAGCAACGAGAAUUCCCGAAACGGGGAAAGAUAGGAUUUACAGGAACGAAAAAUCACGACAUCUGUUGGUGUUGCGGAAUGGACACAUGUACUCAGUAGAUGUGUUGGAUGAAGCGGGAAACAUUGAAAAACCCGAAACGUUGCUUGCGCGAUUUAAAUACGUACUCAACGAUAACCGCCCACCGUCCGAUAAUCCAUUAGGAAUACUCACCACCGAAAACCGAGAUGUUUGGGCCAAAGUUCGCUACCAUCUGAGUGAAAUCGGUAACGAGAAAGCCCUACGCACAGUCGAUUCCGCUCUAUUUUGCCUUUGUCUUGAUAAUGGCACCAUCGAUACGGAAAAUCCUUUGCCAAUGAUAAGAGAUUUUUUGUUCGGUGAUGGUACCAAUCGAUGGUUCGACAAAUCUUUUUCUCUGAUAGUAUCAAAAGAUGGUACAGCCGGAGUCAAUUUCGAACACUCCUGGGGAGACGGAGUGGCCGUGCUGCGUUAUUUCCAAGAAAUCUAUAAGGAAACAAUCAAAAAUCCUUUUGUAGAGCCGAACUUGCAACCGAACGAUGCUAACCGUAGUGAAGAUGUGGUAAGGUUGAUUGAAUUCAAGCUUGAUGACAAAAUCCGGGAUGGAAUAAUUGCUGCCCAGAAUCAUCACAACGCCAUAAUCGACGCACUCGAUAUGAACUACAUGAAAUAUGAAGGUAUCAACAAAAGUAUCUGCAAAAAGCAAAAAAUUAGUCCCGAUUCAGUCAUGCAACUGGGAUUCCAAUUGGCAUUCUACAAGCAGCACUCUAAAUUCGUAGCAACCUACGAAUCUUGCAGCACUGCCGCGUUCCGUCACGGUCGAACGGAAACUAUGCGCCCAUGCACGACGGCCACCAAAGAAUUUUGCGAAGCCAUCGAGCGGAAGCAGAAUCCUUCUUCGCCUGCCGAACUGAGGUCCAUGAUGGACAAGUGUUCAACCAUUCACGGACAAUUGACCAAAGAUGCGGCCAUGGGGCAAGGAUUUGACCGACAUCUGUUUGGAUUGCGCCACACUGCCCAGUCGAACGAAAUACCGCUACCGUGCAUCUUCGAGGACCCCGCUUACGCGGCCAUCAAUCAUAACAUUCUGUCCACCAGUACGCUCUCGUCACCGGCCCUCUUGGCCGGCGGUUUCGGUCCCGUGGUUCGGGAUGGAUAUGGCAUCGGUUACAAUAUUCAGGAAGGGUUCCUGGGCAGCGUUGUGACCAACUAUAAACCGAACCGGAACGGGCGGGAAUUUGUAGACUGCUUGAAAAGUGCCUAUGAAGACAUUUCCAAUGUUUUGAAUAAUUCACGUCCUUCUGCGAAGUAGAUAGUUGAGUUACAUGAAUUCAAGUUUUUUUUGUAUGUUUAUAUAAUAGUUUGGUUGCAAAAAUUAAGAUAUCCCCUUUAUUAUGGUCAAGGUUCAUAUUUAAAAUAGACCGAUGUGAUAUAUUUAGAAUGUUUUGAAAUAAAUUUGCAUAUAUAA